UGAGAUCUGUCACAUGUAAAAUUCAUAUGAGAGAAACAAACAUUGCUUUCAUACUCUGUUUCCCCAGUUCCCUCCAGUCAACAAUAAAGCCCACAUUUUGAUGUCAUCAAAACCAACAAGAAUGCAAAUUGGUGCUUUGAAAAAUAAAAAUCAGGCUCAAGAUCUCGGUCCAACUCAUAUAAAAUGCCCCAGCUGUUGGUGUCAUAAAUCCAAAUGUUUAUUUCAUCUCUUGAGAGCCUCAGUUUGUUUAUUGUGUGAACAAACUUUGUGUUGGAUUGCGAUGGAUUGUUCAGGAUCAUGAGAGCCUGGUCAGAACAGUGAAGUGAUGUGGGUGAGGAGUAGGUGGUGUAUGGCGCUCAUUCAUUAUUCAUGAGCUGGGUGGGCAGAGUGUAAGUGGCAGUGACAGACAGAAACUCUAUUACUGAAGUGUAUCAACUCCUCGAGGGCUCUUGACCUGAUAUUUGAAGGACUGAAGUUUUAAUUGGUGUGCUGGACAAACAAGAAUAAUUACGUGGAGAAAAGUCAUUGGGAUUAUCGAUGUGCUGGGAAGGUCACAGAGAUGGGGAGGAGAGAGCCCUGAUUUGACUUUACAUGAGAGAGGUAGGCACUGAUAACUUUUUGUUCAGCUCAGACUAACAUGACCUGUGGGUCACUGCAUAUUUACUGUAAUAUUGUGGCGAAAAGAUUUUGAGUAGGGCCAUUUAAUGAAACACUUCUGCCAGAAUCAAGAGCUUGAGACACAUUUUAGUCAUCAUCUGUUCUGUUAUUUAAACUGUGUGACUUCUUCUUCUUCUUCUUCUUCUUCUGCACACUGCUAUUCACAUGGCAGAUGCAGUUAGAGCAGUAAAGUCUCUGCAGCAAAUAUUGUGGGACAUUUAAGCAGCAAAAGUAAAACAUGUAGUUAUAAAUGUGACAGAAGAAACAGAGUUAUAAUAAUAAUAAUAAUCAGUGAAGUUACGCUGCUCCUCGUGCGUAAAUGUGCACAGUUUCUCUCUUAACAGAGAGUCAGACAGCAGCUCUGCUGUGAUCUCUGCUAUGUUCACAUUUUAGAGAAUAUCAUUUAUGUUUUCCUCAACCCAUCCCUGAGUCCUUGUGUGUGUAACAAACAGAGUGUACGAGUGUACCCACCUAUGAAGGCACAACUAUCUGAAUAAUAGCAGGAAAAUUGUGCGCCAUUGACUUUAAACUAGUUUUUUUUUAUCUUGUGACCCUGUAGGGAGCCUGACCCCUAGGUUGAGAACCACUGUAUUAGGCUACAGAAUUGUAUAUAAAGUAGUUGAAACAACUUCCACCUUGAGCACCUACAACAGUAAAAACUUACAAGUUAUAUAAUUGUAAUUGAUGUAUAAAACACACUCACAGGGGGCAUUUUUCUGCAGAAUGAGUACUUUUACUUUGGAUACUUAAUGUUUAUUCUGCUGGUGAUAUUAAUCUCCUUUUACUUGAGCAGGAUUUUGAAUGCGGGACUUUUACUAACCACAGCCACAGUUUGUACAUUGUAGUAUCAUUUUUUCCACGACUGAGAUGUUUAUUGCUGCAUUACAGAUGAUUUGUGAACCAUUAGUUAAAUCUGUAGUAAGAUGUUUCCUGUACAGUCAUUUGUUCUGGAUUUUAACUACAUGACAUGAAUGUAAUAUUUUAUUCCAUUCAAUCUGAGACCAGGAGACUUGGUGAAGAGAAGAGUUGCAUGGUUCCAUGCUCUGUAAAGAUGGGGACACUGGUCGAACCAGCGCUGCUGCUGCUUCUGUGGCAGAGUGUUUGGGCUUUCGACGUUCCUCUGGAAAUCAGGCAGCCCCCGACCAUCACAAAGCAGUCGAUGAAGGAUCAUAUUGUUGACCCCAAAGACACCAUGGUUAUAGAGUGUGAAGCCAAAGGAAACCCUCAUCCCAUUUUCUCAUGGAGGCGUAACGGGAAAUAUUUCAACGUGGCGCGUGACUCCCAAGCAACGAUGCGAAGGCGCUCAGGGACACUGGACAUCUAUGCCUGGAACAAUCCAGACCAGUAUGAAGCAGAGUAUCAGUGCAUCGCCUCCAAUCAGUAUGGAUCUGCAUACUCCAACAAGAUCAGACUACGACUCUACAGACCUCCUGUGUGGCCGAAGGAGAUUCUGGAGCCUGUGGUGGUCAGCGCCGGCUUGCCUCUGGUCCUGUCCUGUGACCCGCCACCAGGCCCACCGAAACCUGAAACCUACUGGAUGAGCAGCUGCUCAUAUGCGAGACCUUUCAACUGGCCCAUUCAGACAGCUUUCCCCACCAUGCAGCCUGUGCGGCAGGACCGCAGGGUAUCCAUGGGAAUUAACGGAGAUCUGUACUUCUCCAACGUCCUGGUCAACGACUCUGCUGCUGAUUACUGCUGUAAUGCCCGCUUCCCCUACAAGAAUGUCAUCCAGCAGAAGAUGCCUGUGGUUGUUAAAGUGCUAACAACCCGCACAGUGGUUGAGGCGGCCCCCACCUGGCUGUCUCCCACAGGCUCGUCCAGCUCCAUACUGGUUCUGCUGGGGGAGGAGCUGCUCCUGGAGUGCAUCGCUGGAGGAAUGCCAACUCCUCGUAUUACCUGGACCAAGGAUGGUGACGACCUGGUGGUGACGCCACGCAUGAAAGUAAAGAACUUCAACAAGAUGAUUCAAAUCCCGAAGGCGUCCUUUGAGGAUGUGGGUGAAUACACCUGCACUGCUACCAAUAAGAUCGGAUACAUCCAGCACACGAUAACCGUCAGGGUCAAAGCUGCUCCAUUCUGGCUGGAGAAACCCACUGAUUUGGUUUUGGCCCCGGAGGAAAAUGGACGCCUGGUGUGUCGUUCUGACGGAGCUCCUCGUCCCACAGUCAGCUGGUUCAUCAACGGGGAGCCAAUUGAAAGUGCUACACCGCAGCCUAACAGACAGGUGUCAGGAGACACGCUGACUUUACGCAGUGUGACCGUUGAAAACACUGCCGUCUACCAGUGCAAUGCUUCCAAUCAGUUUGGGUACUUACUGGCCAAUGCUUUUGUCAAUGUGCUACAUGCAACGCCACGUAUUCUUGGGCCCAGGAAUGAACUCCUCAGGGUGGUGGAGGGCAGUCGUAUCUUCGCAGACUGCCGCUACUUUGGUUCUCCAGUGCCUGAACUGCGAUGGUCCAAAUAUGGACAGGGGAAUCUGGAAGGAAAUCGUUUUAAGACCCAUGGUAACGGGACUCUGGAGAUCAAACGCAUACGGAUAGAAGACCAGGGAACUUACCUGUGUAUAGUCAGCAACAUCGCAGGAAGAGACGAGAAUCAAGUCCGAAUAGAAGUCAAAGAGCCUACCUUAAUUGUUACGAGACCACAGAGUAUGAAAGUCAUGCGUGGAAGCGACGUGCGCCUUGAGUGUGGUGUGACAUCAGAUGUCACAACUCCUGUCAUAACCACCUGGAUGAAAGAAAAAAGACACGUCACUCUUGGCUGGAGACUCUCUAUGGAUGAAUCAAAUCUGGUCAUCACCAAUGUAAACAGAGGCGAUGAGGGCAAUUACACUUGUGUCAUCAAGAGUGAGCUGGAACAAAAGUCUGCCUCAGCGCACCUCAUGGUGAUGGACCGUCCAGAUCCUCCCACUAAUUUGGAGUUGUCAGAUCCAUAUGAACGCACUGUUAGACUCAGUUGGGUCCCUGGAGAUAGCAACCACAAUCCUAUAACAGAGUACCUGGUGCAGUAUGAUGACGAUGACUGGUUGCCUGGGAAGUGGAGAAACCUCUCAGCGUACCCUGGGAACCUCAACUCUGUCAUUCUGCAUCUUACACCUUUCACCUACUACGAGUUCAGGGUCAUCGCUAUCAAUGAAAUCGGAAUGAGUCGCCCAAGUCGUCCAUCGACGCGCUUCCAGAGCAGCGGUGCACCCCCGGACGUCAUCCCAAAGAACUUAAAGGGUGUGGGUACAUGGAGGAAUAACAUGGAGAUCAGCUGGGAGCCUCUGACCUACAGAGAGUGGAACGGGCCCCACCUGAAGUAUCUGGUGUGGUGGAGAAGGAGAGACUCCCGAGAGGAGUGGAAGAACGCAACCACUAAAUGGCUGAAAUAUUACAUCUAUGAUGCAGAUACCUUCACUCCUUAUGAGAUCAAAGUCCAGGCUGUCAAUGACUUUGGGCUGGGUCCAGAGUCUCCUGUUGUCAUUGGUUACUCUGGGGAAGACCGUCCUCUAACUGCUCCCCUGAACCUGCGGGUGUCCGACAUUGAGAGCACUCAGGUGACUGUGCACUGGGACCCAGUGUCACGCGGCUCUAUGAUGGGAGAACUGAAAGAAUACAAGGUCUACUACUGGAGGGACAGCAGUCAGCUGAGGUGGCACAGGGUCAACAGAGGGUUGAAGUCUCAAUCAUUUCCAGACAAUGUCGCAGAGCCCUCUGGGGUCGUCACUGAGCUCAUCCCCUAUAGCAACUACAAGAUGUAUGUAGUGGUGUCAAACAAUCGAUAUGAAGGGCCGCCCAGUAAUAAUAUACAGUUCUCAACACCUGAAGGAGUACCAUCUGCUCCCAGAUCCUUCAGGAUCCAACAGCGACAUCUGGACAGUAUUUACGUUGACUGGGACCUGCCAGCAGAACCCAAUGGUAUCAUCACUGGGUAUAUCCUCAAGUACCAGACAGUGAAUGCUACCAGGGGAGAAGAGCUCCGAGUUGAGGAGUUCACUCCAAAUGUCACCAGUUUCUCAAUCCGACGAUACGACCGCUACACUCGAUACAGAUUUUCUGUGGCGGCACGAACUCGGAUCGGGAUAGGGGAAUGGCAUACAGAGGAGUCACCCCACUACACCACUGAAAUAUAUGCUCAGGACCAGGUGGACAUCUCCACUCAGGGCUGGUUCAUCGGGAUUAUGUGUGCUGUGGCUCUCAUCGUGCUCAUCCUACUCAUAGUCUGCUUCAUCAAAAGGAGCCGAGGGGGGAAAUACCCAGUGCGGGACAAAAAAGACAUUUCAUUGGAGCCGGUGGAUGACAAAGAUCAGGAGGGAUCAUUUGACUACAGGUCUCUUGAAAGGAUAGCACGUGUCUCCACUCUGCCUUACCCUCGGCGAGAGGAGGAAAGAGGGCUUCAAAGAGGCCAGCCGUCUAUGGAGGCAAUGAUGAAGCGAUCAGACAGCGACGACAGUCUGGUGGACUACGGUGAAGGAGGCGAGAUGCCAUUCAACGAGGACGGCUCGUUCAUCGGCCAGUACACUGGAACCAGGAGGGACGUCAGGGAGUUGGACUUUGGGGGAAGUCUGGAGCUCCACUCUCCAAUGAACACCAUCUACUCCCUGGCAUAAAACUGUCCAUUUUUCAUGUGACUUUCAGCGCAUGUACCCUCUGACUUGAACCACUUGCGGUUUGUCUGCAGGAGGGAACAGCUGGAGCCCGAGGUGCUGUUACCCUCUGUGUCCAUGCAGACACAGCAACUGUCACGUAUUUCAAGAGGAAAAUGGUGGAAUAUUUGGGACAAUACUACAGCUGAGAUGCUUAUCUUAAGCAAGCUUCACGUUUUGUGUUUCGUAUUGCAUUUCUUGUAAAUAAAAAUGCUGCAUGUUUGUGCGUGUGCAUACGCAUGAGUACGUGUUCAGUUAUCCUGCCAACAGAAAGACACUACACAUCAAAGGAGACAGAAGAGGAUCAGUUUAUCAUGUUGAUAAAAGCAGUUGCAAGGACCAACUUAACGCCUGUUUUUCCAUCUUUUUGUUUAAGCUAAUUUCAACAGGAUUUAAUGAGAUUUGUGUUAUUUUUGUGUGUUGGCUGUUUCUCAUGAUCAAGGGAGUCACAGUGUACUCUCUGAACUCAGAUUGCAUACUCUUUCUUUUAUAUCCCAGUGUUUAUAGUGCAAUGUGAGUGUAUAAAAGGGUUGAUGGUAAUAGAUUAAGGAUCAUAAAACAUCUCCAGGGACUAAUGAUUCAUCUGCACUGCCAGAUUGUGAAUUUUGCUCUGCUGGAAGUCAAAAGAUCAAACCAUUUUGGGAAUCAGCAAGCAGCCAUAAAUCAGCUGUAAAAUCACAAGUUGCUCAUGUCUGUCUGUACACUUGCCUUAACUGUCUCCCCAUUUUACUCACGAUGGAGAUGGAUGGAAAUCAUUAAUCAUGAUGUAACAGCUUCAGUUUAUUUGACCCUUAACAUCAUCUGUGUAUUACCACAGUCAUGUCCUAAAUGUAAAUAAA